AUGGAUCCGGCCCAUGUGGGUGUUCCUGGCAAUGAGGCAGCAGAUGAGCAUGCAAAGACUGCUGCUUUGUGGGGUGCAGGGGGCGCAACCGAGGAUCCGGGAGCGGAGAAAUAUAUAAUCCGACUCGCCACAACUGAGUACGAUGCAAUCGUAUCUCACCCGCAAGCAGCCCGCUACGCUGCUGCAAUGAUGCACCAAACAGGUCUGCUCGGUCAAUUCCGCCAUGUGGAGCUGGAACCCGAUAAUGACCACGAACGAAUCGGCCUUGCGGCCAUGGAGUAG